GGCCAAAAUAAUCAAACGGCCACCAGUGGCCAAAAUCGCCAAACGGCCACUAGUGGCCAAAAUCUCCGAACGGCCACCGGUGGGAAAAAUUGCCAAUCGGUCACAAGUGGCCAAAAUCGGGGAACGGACACUAGUGGCCAAAAUCGCGAAACGGCCACCCUCUUUAGUAUGCCUUUAUCGAUUAAAUGGAUAGAAACGAUACAACAGAGAGAAUGGCAUCGCGUUAAUUAAUGUAAAACAAAUAGUACACCGAAAUUUACAUAAGGCGGAAAAGGUAAUGCUUCUGACCAAUUUUAAACCUAACGAUAAAAAUCGAUUCAGUUUUUUGUAAGGAGAUCUUCCUUAUGACCCCUUAGCCCUUACAAUGCUUUACUGAUAAGGACAAAGACGAGGUUGACGAUAAGUUGGAUAACGAUCUUGGCCGACAUCCAGUUCUCUUGACGUCACGCCUGACCAAUUACGCAUAAAUCUGAUCACUAAUUGAAAUUAGAUUUCUCGAUGAAGCUGCUGUCACGAAACUUGCCUUACUAGGAAAAGAGGUUCCGUAGGUUCCAGUUCAAAACACAAUUGAAAAAGUUCCCAAUCUAUUUUUGUUUCAGCUAUGCUUUCUCAUAGGGCUGGCUAUCAGCUUCUUGCCGUUUCUCAGCGUCUGCUGCCAGCACUGCCAACUCGUGGAAUCGCGACAAGUUUGUUAACGUCGAAAAAAUUCAACUCUCCUCUGACACCAGACGAAGUACCCAGAGCAGCAGGAUUUCCCACAAUGCUACGCCUUCCUAUGCAGUCUACAGCGGAUGGUUUGGAUGCGUGUUUCCUCGGAAUUCCAAUGGACAACGGUAGUUAUGCGCAUCGAACUGGAGCGCGCAUGGGUCCGCGACAAAUCCGCUGUGAAUCUUGUUUGCUGCGUCCUCACAACACACACACGGGUGCUGCACCUUACGAGUCGCUGAUGGUCGCGGAUGUUGGUGACGUAUCGGUCAACGUUUUCAACAUUGAAGCCAAUAUUAAUAUCAUACACCAACAUGUUGCCAGCAUUAUCAGUGAUGGAUGCAAACCUCUGAUCAUGGGCGGAGAUCAUACUAUCUCAUACCCAAUUCUAAAAGCCAUGAAGGAGAAAUACGGUCCCGUAGGACUUGUACAUCUUGAUGCUCACCCAGAUACAUCCAAAACCACGUUUGGAGAAAAAAUUUCAAACGCCACGCCAUUCCGCUUGGCAGCUGAAGAAGGACUGCUGGACUGUGAACGAGUGGUCAUAAUCGGUCUGCGAGGGUCUGGAAACAGUCCCAUUGACUACGAAUAUGGUAGAAACCUGGGUUUCAAGAUAGUUCCCGCUAAGUACUGCUGGUACAAAUCUAUGGCGCCUUUGAUGGCGCAGGUUAGAGAACUUAUGGGAGACGCACCUGUUUACAUCACUUUCGACAUCGACGCAGUGGAUCCUGGUUAUGCACCUGGAACAGGGACACACGAGAUUGGAGGUUUGACGUCAAUUCAAGCCUUGGAGAUAAUUAGGGGCUGCAGAGGAAUGAAAAUCGUUGGUGGAGACUUGGUAGAGGUUUCGCCUAUGUUUGAUGUACAAGGAGCAACUUCGAUCCUCGCUGCUAAUUUUCUAUUUGAGAUGCUGUGUGUUUUGCCGGGAGUAGUUUACAAAGAUCCACCUGGGUCAGAUUUUGAGUUCUGAGCCCGAGAGUUCUACAGAUUUCAGCUUUGUUGUCAGGCCAGUAUUGCGUGACGAACACACGAUAAGAAUCUGUGCCUAAUUUAUUGCAAAUUAUUUUCGUCAAAAAAAAGAAUAAUGAUAAACCAUUCAAAGCUUGUCAAAAUUCAAUAAAAUCUGUGAAAAAUAAAUGGAAA